CACAUAUCCCAUUAACUCUCCACAUUCCAGCUUGAAAUCCCAUUACAGAUGCCACCCCUCCGUCCUCUCGGCCCACUAGAGCGCUGGUUCGCAAUCCGCCACACCCUCUCAUACCACAACAGCGUCAGCCUAACCUUCACCGUCUCCCUGCUCGUCCCGCUGACUCCCGCCGCGGUCACCGCGGCCCUGACCGUAUGCCUAUCCACGCACGCCGUGCUCUCAGUACGCAUCGCCUCGGACACCGACUUCCAGCGUGUGUGGCCCGUGGACCUCUCCCAUGCCGUCGUCUACUCGGACGCAGACUCGCCAGACCUGCCAGACAUAGCCCUCGAGGCGAACACGGGGUUCGCAGACGCCGGCGUCUGCUGGCGCAUGACCGUCUUCGCGCGCGCGCAAAAAGUGGUACUCUCCUACCACCACGGAAUAAUGGACGGCGAGGCGGGCGUGGCGGUGGUGCGGUGCUUCGUCGGCGCGCUGCUGGCGCCCCCGGUGCCCCCGGUGCCAUCUCCAUCCCCUCCACCCCCACCCCCGGAGCUCCCCCCGCCGCUGGAGCAGCAGCUAGCGCUAUCGGUAUCCUGGCGCACGGCGGCAUCAAAGCUCGCCACGCUGCUGCCGGCGUGGCUCCCGUCGUGGCCGGGGGCGGACCUGUGGACUGGCCCGCCGAUCGGCCUGAGCCCGCCGUUCAGGACGCGGAUAGAGUUGCUGGAGCUCGACGCGGCGGUGACGUGGCGGGUGCGCGCGCGGUGUAGGCGCGAGGGCACGAGUGUGACCGCGCUGCUACAUGCUGCGGUCGCGGAGGGGUUGGUUGAUAAAGUAGGAACGGGCGUCAGUGGGAGUGUGGCGGUUAGUUUUCGGCGGUUCCUGCCAAGGGGGGCGGGCGGGGCGGAGGGGGAGUGUGUGGGUGUUAUGGCGUCGAGUUUGGUGCACACGCACCAUCCGGGCGGGGGGGUGUGGGAGCGCGCGAGGGGUGUGAAAGCGACGAUCACAGCGGGGCUGCGUGUGGGCCCGCGCGACUGUAAGGCGGCGAUGUUGGCGUGGGCGCCGGAUAUUCGUGCGCACCUGCUGGCGCAGGACGGUAGGCGGCGGGAGCUAGCGUUUGGAGUUAGCAAUCUCGGCGUUGUUGAUAUCGUGGGUGUCGAGGAGCUCGUGUUCAAUCAGAGUGCGAGUCCCGUCGGGAAUGCGUUGGAUGUGUGCGCUGUUGCUACAGAUGGGAGUGGGCUCAGGGCUGUGUUUGGCUGGAUCGAGGGAGUGCUACAGGAGGAAUGGAUGAAGGACGUGGUGGUAAGGGUGAAGGAUAUACUCGAGGAGGCCGCGGGGGAGGUGUAGUGGUCAGUCGGUCAGUCAGUCAUUGCACCGCCCGUGAAUAGUGAGCCCUCCUGUAUUCUGCACAGAGCGAUGCUUCACCCCCAUUUCCAGUACGAUGCCAGUAGCUAUCAUAGGU